AUGGAGCUCGCGCAACGACGCCUAUUCCAGGCCGACAGUCAUCGCACGCUGCAAGGAUGCAAGGACUCACCACAAGCCCGAAAGCUGCAGGAGCGUAGCGUUGCUCGACGUGCAGCCGUGCUGGAGAACCUGCAAGCUCGACGUCGUCUUGGAGGCUACGCUCAAGUUUCGCAAACGAAAGGUGGCACCCUGGCACCCACCACGGAGCACCAAUCCAAUUUGGUGAUCAAGGACAUCGCUGACGUCAACGCAAACGUUCUUUUCGGCAGUGACGUCAAGUGUGUGCUCAAGCCAGAGGUGACAGAGGGCCCCUACUACGUCAACGGCGAGUUCAUCCGGACUGAUGUGAGAGAGGACCAAGAAGGCGUCACUCUCUAUGCAGAGCUGCAGUUCGUAGAUGUCAACACUUGUGAGCCUGUGGACAACCUCUUCGUUGACUUCUGGCACUGCAACGCCACUGGUGUGUACUCUGGUGUAGUGGCUAACGGCAACGGCGACACAUCUGACGCUUCCAACAUCAACAACACGGCAUUCCGCGGGCUCGCACCGACGGACGUCGAUGGUGUCGUGACCUUCACGUCUGUGUUCCCUGGUCACUACACGGGACGCACCACACACAUCCACGUGCUAGGGUCGUACAACGGCACAGUUCUCAAAAACAACACGUAUUCGGGUGGGGUGGGUGCUCACGUGGGGCAGCUCUUCUUCGACCAAGCUCUCAUUUGGGAGGUGGAAGCCACCGGUGCUUACGCUACCAACACGCAAGACAUCACGCGCAACGUCAACGACAUGAUCUACAACCAGUCUGCGGCCACUGGAUUCGACCCCAUCAUGGAGUACACGUUGCUCGGUGACACUGUGGAGGACGGCAUCUUCGCCUGGAUUUCGGUGGGUGUGGAUAUGACUCUCGCCAAGAGCGUGAGCGCUGCGUCAACCAUCACUGCAAACGGUGGAGUGGCCAACACGAACAGCAUGGGACCUCCGGGUAGUGGUUCGUGGGGGCCGAUGAGUAGUGGAUCGGGGUUCCCGCCGCUUGGAAGUGGAUCAUUGGGGGGAGCUCCGCCAAACUCAGACGCCAUUCAGUCGUAA